GAAGUAUUUCUUUUGAGGGACAGACAGGAGCAAUUGUUGGUCUGUGAUAUGCGCACAAGCAGUAGUAGUAGUGUCGAGAGGGUGGCGAUAGAUAUGAAGAAGAUAUCGUGCAUAGACUCGCAUCCGUCGAAGGCCCUUCUGGUCACUUCGUCACUGGAUCGCACUGCGCGUAUAUGGGACCUACGGCAGAUGAAGUCGAAGAACGGCUCAGUCAAACCCAUAGCCGAACAGACCUGCAGACUGUCUGUGAGUAGCGGAUACUUCUCGCCCAGCGGAGCCAAAGUCAUCACCACGGGCAUGGACGAUACAAUCAAGGUGUGGGACUACACCGAGACACCGAAGACCAAGCCAAGCACCAGUGAGAAGGCCACGGUGGUUACCAAGCACUACAAUCAGACGGGUCGAUGGGUCACGAACUUCAGAGCGAAGUUCAUUGGAGAGAACCAUUUCCACAUAGGCAACAUGAAGCGAAGUGUAGAUAUCUACGCAGAGAAUGGCGUACUGGUGCGACAACUGAGUGAUGACGAGCACAUGACGGCAAUCCCAGCUGUCAACGACUACCAUCCCGGCCACGGCGAACUGGCUGCAGGCACGCAUGGCAAAGUGCACAUCUACAGCAACACAGACGACUCGCGGCAGUAG